AUGACGUUUGACCUUGGUUUAAUUGUUGGGAAUCCCUUUUAUCUUGCCACUUUAGGUUUGGCAGCAGUCGGUUGGAUCGUAGAAUUCGCCGGUGCUGCUGCUGCCCAAAUUAAGGACAUUGGUUGGUUCUUUAUAAUUUAUGAAUUGUUUCUUAUAAUUGGUAUUUUCAUAGCCAUUGCUACCAACGCUUUAAGUUAUUAUCGCUCUUCUAUUUUAACAUUGUUGGGCGUUGGUAUAAUUUUUCACAUCCUGAUAAUUGAUGGAAAUAUUAGAGAUUCUGCUUCUACAUCUCAAGCUUUCGCUGCUGGUGCACUUUUUAUUGCUAUUGUCUCGUUUGUUUGGGUAAUUGCAUUUGGAGCAGAAGAUGGCUCCCUGGUUGGAGACACCAUAAACUCAUGGUCCAUUAGUAAUAAACCUACUAAUCCGAGAAACGUACAUCCGGAUGUUGGUUUUCCUCCAGGUGUACAACUAAAUCCUGGACCUGGGCAAAUACCGAUGAAUAACAUGCAACAAGACCAAGUAGUUGUAUCCCCUAAUGCUGAUUAUGCUUACAAAGCCAAAGCUUUAUAUGAUUAUCAAGCAAGCCCUGAGGAUCAAACUGAACUUUCAUUUACCAAGGGUGAAGUCCUUGAUAUUGUAGAUAAUAAAGGUAAAUGGUGGCAAGCAAAAAAAGCCGAUGGUUCAAUCGGUAUAGCACCAAGCAAUUAUUUGCAAAUUGUCUAA